ACAUGUCUCUUGCAAAGAUAACAUGAGUUCUCUCAGGUGAUGAAGUUGCAGCUGCAAGUGGUUUUGAGAUUUUAUAAUACAGACAACAGGCACCUUGCUGUUGUCUCUAUUAAAGCAUAUUGAUUUCAACUUAGAAUAAAACCAAGUUCAGCUGGCAGGCAAUAGGUGGACGCUGUGGCACACAGGACCCACUUUGUAGUAUCUCUUACAAACUAUCAGUACAGCAGCAUGGCUGAUUCACGCUUGGACAUUGAGACAACUUAAUGAAGGACCUGGAAAGAAAUUUCUUCUGGAUUCUGGAGCUCAAGCACGAUGAAGCUUAAACCCUCUUCUUUUUCUGGGUCCUGUGUGAGCUUUCUUCUACAAGUGAUGACAUCAUCUUCAGAAAACUGGACAGUAACCAUUCCCGUGAGACACUUGGUGGCUACAGUAGGAGGACACACUGAGCUCAGCUGCCAGUUGUCCCCACCACAAAGUGCAGAGCGCAUGGAGGUGCGCUGGUUCAGAGGGGACAAUUCCAAACUUGUUCACCUAUACAGGGAUGGCCAUGAAGUGAAUGGAGAAGCUGCCCCAGAAUAUGUGAACUGCACAGAGUUUGUGAAUGAGGCCAUUAGACAGGGCAAGGUGACUCUCAAACUUCAUAAUAUCAGUGUUUCUGAUGAUGGAUCAUAUCAGUGUUCGUUUAAAGGUAGUGGCAUUAAUGAUGUGGCCAGCAUGAAUCUGAGCAUAGCAGCAUUAGGCUUGGAAACACAAAUCCAUGUUCAGGCUCCUGGCACUGAGGGACUCACGGUGGACUAUAACUCAGGAGGGUGGUUCCCAAAGCCCCAGAUGGAGUGCAGAGACGGCAGAGGAGAGAUAGUUCCACAUUUAUCAAAAUCCUAUUCACAGAAUGGAGCCAGAUUGUUUCACAUGAAGAUGACUCUUGUCCUUAGAAACCAGUCAUGGGGCAACAUGACUUGCUACAUUCGCAAUCCUCUAACAGGUGAAGAGAAACGAACAAAAAUCAUCCUGGCUGAUGACCUGUUUUGCCCAGAUCACAUUUGGAUGACAUUCUCUGUAUUGCUUCUGUUCGUGAUGUUGUUUUUGGCUAUUGUGCUCCUUUGUUGUCAAUGUUUCACAAAUGGAGAUAACUGCUGCAACCAGUGUGGAGUCACUAAGAGAAUCUCUCUUAAAGUGAUGUGUAAGUCACAUGGGGUGUUUAGGCAAAGCUGUACAACAUUUGUCAAUGAAUGCCAAUCAUAGGAAGAUUUAGGGCUUGUUUCUCACUUUAGAAAUGUUGAACUUCACAUCUCUGAACUUCUCAGGACAAGGGAGGUCAGUAUAGAUGUUUCCUGAGUGGUUCAGACCCACAGUUAGUUCUAUGCCCUCAAGGUAAGUGCUUUCUCUCUUAAGUAAAUAUUCAAUCAACAUGAAGUUAAUCCAGCAUCUGCCUCACUCAAAAUCACUUUGUGAUGGAUGAAUCCUAUGAGUCUUGUUCUAGAAUACACUUAA